UUAUCUUUUGCUUCAAGGAUUUGCUCAAAGGGCGACACGCCGGUGGCCGAUGAUAUCCCGGGACUCCCACUGCUAGGCCAUUAGCUGUGGCUUGCAAUAGUGCGACUAAGAGAUGCAGAAAGAGAUGGAGGCAGGAGAGCAACAGUGGAUCAGCUGUGGCAGGAGAUAGAAAAGGAUUCGUAGUGUCGGUGUAUGGCACUCCACUGGCACAGCAUUGAGCACGCUUGCCAGGAUCACCUGCAUGAGUCGCCUCUGCCCAGCCACAGUCGUGGUGGAGGGGGUCCACAACUCCAGUAUAAAAGGCUGUGGGUGUGGCAAGUGCCUUCAUCUAGCAGUAGUGUCUUGGACUCCAUUAUUUUUCUACAAAUCCAUUACAUUUAUUCCUGUUUCACGCUAGCCUCUUUAUUUGUCUUAUGAGAGCGGAUGAGCAUAUAAAACAACGAUCUCAAGCUACCACCACUGCGCUACCACCACAAGACAUGUCUGCUACCAUCUUCGACUACAACCCCAACAUCUUCUUGCCGACAGCAUUUGAAAUCUCCCCUGAUGCCUCGCUUCCGAUGAAUUUUGCAACCAUGCAGCUUUCCACGCCGCCUGGGAUAUCUGAGACCCAGCUGAGUGUAUAUGCACAGAUAGCUCGCAUGGCUCAUCUGACAGCUUUCCACACUGGUCUAAAUGGCGACGUAACUCUGCCGACAAUGUCGCCAUCGCUAAUGACACCUCUGGUUCCGCUGUUCAACCGCCGCAUAUCGUCGUCAUCAGCCGCGCCACGCCUGAUGUCUCCGCCAGCCUCGGGGAUAAUGCCUGGACUACAGGACGGUGUAGUGUUCAGCGAUAUCCCAUUUGCCUUCUCACCAAUAAUCAGCGCAGCAGCCACCAACCCAGUACUUGUCCCGCCGGUUUCUCCUACAGCUGCCACAUUCACCAGACGCCGCCGCAACGCCAUCCUCGUUAGCCGGCCGGCUGGUGCCCACAGACCGUGCAGUCCAGAGAAGAAGAGAAUGAAGAAGUUGUCGCCGUCGCCAUCAUCGCCAUCACCACCGCUCUCUGGACAGCGCCGGAUGUGCAGAGAGCAUAGCAGGAGCCCUGGUCCGUACGAAUAUGGCAGGAUUGGUUCACGUGUGUACACGCAGGAGGUGAGCAAUGUUCUCAACGAGUGGCUGGAUGCGCACAAGGACGAUCCGUAUCCGUCGGCCGGAGCCAAGCGGCAGCUGAUGCGCGAAACCGGGCUGACAAAGAUGCAGCUCAAGAACUGGUUCUGCAACGUGCGCCGCCGCAAGCUAUCGGGCGCUAUCAAGCGGUCGCGCUCGACCAAAAAGACUACUCAGUGA